UAGAGUCUCCGGUUUACUGUACGCUCUAACCCAGCUGCCGUAACAUAACAGACUUUUUUCUCUUUUAAGCUUUUGACUGGGUUUUUUAUAAAUAUUCUUAUGACAUUCAUGGGAAAUCAUGUCUGAAGAAGAAAAUAAGGUUUCCGACGAACUUUUCAAAGAUGUCAAAUUCUACGUGGUAGGGGACAUUGACGAGAAGGUGGUGCAGCUGCUGAAGGCGGGGAAGGGGAAGGAGGUGUCCUACAAUGCUUUGGCCACUCACAUCAUCGCAGAGGACGGGGACAACCCCGAGGUGGGCGAGUCCAGAGAGGUGUUUGACCUGCCUGUGGUCAAGCCAUCCUGGGUGAUCCUCUCGGUCAGAUGUGGAGACCUGUUACCUGUUACAGGGUUCUCCCCAGAAUCAGGACAGAUAUUCUUUGGUGUGACGGCUUGUCUUCCUCGGCUUCCAGAUGAUCUCAAUGCGUUCUGGGCUUACGUAACCUUUUAUGGAGGAGCAUGUCAACUUAACCUCAACAAGAAGGUCACCCACUUAGUAGUGAAGGAACCGAAGGGGGCCAAGUUUGAGUGUGCCCUGAAACACCCGGGCAUCAAGAUUGUCACCCCAGACUGGAUCACACAUUCUGUUAAAGAAAAAAUCAGGAAGGAUGAGUUGCUCUAUCAUCCCAGACUCACGUACAUAGAGCCUGAGGAGGAGGACAGUGAAGCUGACUCAUAUGACCAGCGCUACCAUUCAGACGGAAGCUUCAGCCCCCGGCGUUCCAGGAUGUCUAGUGGCGGCUCGUCUGGUGAGGAUUCCAGCCCCCGCCGACGGCCGGGACCCAAAAGACUGAACUCCGUCUCCCCGAGCUCCCCCCGUAAAGCUGACCGCCGCAGCGAGCGCAUGUUCGACGACUCCGACUCCGACUCCUCCACAGAAAAGGAAGGCCCCAACCUGAACUGGACCCCUGCAGAGGUUGUCACCCCGACGCCCCCUAUUUCCAGCGGCACAGCCAGGCGGCGAGGGGGGCCACCUGGCAACAAAGAACCAGCGCCGUCCACAGGCAGCGGGCUGAUCAACCUGUGUGCCACUGUGCCUCCGGUCCCCGGCAGCGCAGCUGCUACGCCUGCUGAGGCUCGCUCUGCUGCUGCCACCGCUAUCACUCACGCCAUACAGCCAGGUGUACCAGUUCCAGAGGGCGUCCCUGGGUGGAGCCCAGCUGCUAGAACCCUCCGCAACAUAACCAACAACUCUGACAUGCAGCCAGCCAAUCGACCUGCCAACGUAGCACAUAUCAUCCAGAAUCUGACAGCCAAUCAGACAAAGCCAUUGGAGCAACAGACCAAUCAGAGCCAUGCUCAAACCCCAAACAGUACCAACCCUCUUCUCUUCCCGUCUAAACUGGCCGGCCAGCCCCUUACAGCAGAGCAGCAGCAGUUACUGCAACAGUCACACCAGGCAGCUGAGCAGCAACAGUUACCACAGCAACCGCAACAUCCCAUAAUGCACCUCCAGCAGCAGCAGCAUCAAAUGAUGCAGCUACACCACCAACAGCAGCAACAGCCACAGGUCCCACAACAAGGGUUUGCACAGUUACCCCAACAGCAGCAACAGUUUUUGCAACAACAGCAGCAGCAAAUUCACCAACAGCAGAUGAUUACGCAGCAACAACAACAACAACAACAGCAGCAGCAGCAGCAGCAACAACAACAACAACAACAUGCGUUCUCCCAGCAGCAGCUCCGGCCCCAGCAGCUCCUCCGGCCUGGGUUGCAGCAGCUGCAGCAGCAACAGGCUCUGCAACAGCAGCUGCAGCAGUUCCAACAACAGCAACGCAUGCAGAUGUUACAGCAGCAGCAGCAGCAGCAGCAGCAGCAGAAUCAUCAGCAGCUACAGCAACAGCAGCAGCAGCAACAGCAGCAGCAUUUCCUGCAGCAGCAGCAACACAUGCAGCAGAUGCAGCAGCAGCAGCACCUCCAGAACCAUCAGCAGCAGCAGGCUCUGCAGCAGCAGAACCAGCUGACCCAGCAGAACCAGCAGCAGACUGCCCUGCAGCCGCAGCUACAGCAGACUCCACACAUCUCCCAGCUGUUCGGACACGAGCCUGGUCAAGAAAUUCCACAGGAUGGCUUCCUGCUCGGCUGUGUGUUUGCUAUUGCUGACUACCCAGAACAGAUGGCUGACAAACAACUCCUUGCUACAUGGAAGAGAGUGAUCCAGGCAUGUGGGGGUGCUGUAGACCCCACCCUGACCAGCCGCUGCACACACCUGCUGUGUGAGAGUCAAGUCAGCAGCAUGUAUGUUCAGGCUCUCAGAGAGGGGAAGCGCUGUGUAACUGCCCACUGGCUCAACACCGUCCUGAAGAGGAAGAGGAUGGUUCCUCCUCAUCGAACGUUACAUCUGCCCUUCGCCUUCCCCCCUGGGGCCAAACCCUGCUCUCAGCACAUAAUCUCAGUGACGGGUUUUGUGGACGCCGACAGGGACGACCUGAAGCUGAUGGCCUACCUGGCUGGUGCCAGAUACACAGGAUAUCUAUGUCGCAGUAACACCGUCCUCAUCUGCAAAGAACCCAGUGGGCUGAAAUAUGAGAAGGCUAAGGAGUGGAAGAUCCCGUGUGUGAACGCGCAGUGGCUGUGUGACAUCCUGCUUGGCAACUUUGAAGCCCUGCGGCAGGUCCAGCACAGCAGAUACUGCAUGUACACACACCCCGAGCCCCUGGUGCCCAACACACAGCUGGUCCAGAACCUGCUGGGCGCCUGGAGAGCGCCAAUCAAAGUGUCUCCUGAGGCUGUGGCGAGCCUGCAGCUGCUCCACAAGCAGAAGAUGAGCGAUUCCAGCAGCCAGCCCGCCAACAAGAAGGCCAGGCUGGAGGACAUCCAGUCGCCCAAUAAGAAGCUUCCUCUAGAGUCCACUCCCCGGGUCAUGUUCACAGGCUUUGAGCCGGCACAAGUGCAGCAAUACACAAAGAGGUUACAUGCUUUAGGGGGGGAGGUAGCAGACGGCAGUGAGAAGGUCUCUCACCUGGUGGCCUGUAAGGUGACUCGCACCGUCAAGUUCCUCAGCGCCAUGUCUGUGGUGAAACACAUCGUCAGCCCCGAGUGGCUGGAGGAGAGCUGGAGGAGCCAGAAGUUUGUGGUAGAUGAGCAUAGCUACACCCUGAGGGAUGCAGAGGCAGAGGUGUUGUUUGGCUUCAGUCUGGAAGAUUCACUGAAGAGGGCCCACAAUGCACCGCUCUUCAAGGGGAAGUAUUUCUACCUCACCCCGGGAAUGUGCCCCAGCCUCAGCACCAUGAAGCCCAUCCUGGAGAGUGCAGGAGGGAAGCUGCUGGCCAAACAGCCGUCCUACAGGAAGAUCAUGGAGCACAAACAGAACAAGAACCUCCCAGAGAUCAUCUUAAUCUCCUGCGACAACGACCUGCACCUCUGUAGAGAGUACUUCUUGAAAAACAUUGACGUCCACAACGCUGAGUUCAUCCUGACCGGAGUCCUCACCCAGAAGCUGGACUACGACUCAUAUAAGUUCACCUGAAGGUGCAGCCAUGAUGAAGAGGAGGAGCAGAUGGAGUCCACUCUGACUUUUCUAUCUUUUUAUCUCUCUGCAUAGAUCUCUAGUCAUUUUGUAGCUUUUAUUACCUGUUUUAAGGAUAAAUAAAUGGGUGUUAUUUUUCCGAGAUGUAUUUAAAUUAUGGAGGAUUUUAACCUUUUGCUGUUUGAAUUUGAAUGUGUAUAAGCUUCCGCUGGUACACGCUGCUCUUUGGAAUAAAAACUGUAUAUUAUGAUUGUGAAA